UUACAGCAGUAAUAAACACUCAAAGAAAACAUAAUCAACAUGGUUGAUGAUAACAUCAGUGAUGAUGCGGAUGAAAAGUCGUUGGCGAUUUCAGAUGAGGAAAAAGGAAGCAGGAACAAGAGGAAGUUUGAAUCUAAGAUUCCUCUAGGAACUUCUUCUGAUUCACAUGGGUCGUCUCUUACGGAGUUUCUAAGAUAUGAUUUAUUAGAGAAACCAACGAAAGGAGUCACUCUAUUUGAGAUUGACCCAUUGACGAGCGGGUGUCCUCAGUAUGAUGUUGAACAAGAAGUGGAAACUGCACCAAAUAUAGAUUCGGAGGACAUGUCGGCCUGCUGCAGUUUUGUUUUGGACAAGAAACUGGACUCGUCUUCUUCUGGUGCAACAAAGAAGAGUUCGCAGUCUAAAAUGAAAAUUUUGGUUAAAUGCAAUCAACCUCUAGCUAAAGAAAGUUUUGAUAGUAAAUGCCUUUCCUCACCCAUAGCACCUGCAAGUGACACUUCCAAAGUGCCACCUAUUAAAGAUAAUAUAAACGAAAAGGAUCUGGAUUCAUUAUCCAUGGAGCCUAAGUCCAGCAAAAAAGUCCCCGACAACAUAACUAUUUCUUCUGCUGUGCAAGAUUAUUAUGUUGGUAUCCCAUAUGAUGAGUCUUUGGGUAAAUAUGUCCCUCGAAAUGAGAUAGAUGAAAAUAUAUUGUUUCUAACUUUUCAUUUGAAGACACUGCAGGAAGAGCUCCAAGGGUGGUCUGAUUGGGCAAAUGAGAAGGUAAUGCAGGCUACCCGGAGGCUUGGCAAGGACCAGGCUGAGCUUAAAAGGAUGAGGCAAGAAAAAGAAGAUGUUGAAAAUGUUCACCAGGAAAAGCAUAUGCUGGAGGAAACCACCAUGAGGAGGAUUAUGGAGAUGGAGCAAGCGUUGGUAAAUACUAAUUCCAUGGGUGAAACAAUUAAUUCUCUUCUUAACACCAUGGAGAUGGAUAAUGUUGGACUGAAGAAGGAUUUGGAAGCCGUAAUGCUCUCUACCGGCAAGCAUGCUAUGAACGUCAAUAAUGCUUUAGCAAAAGAGCAGGAAGCACUAAAGAAGUGUCAAGUAGCGGACAUGGAGAAGCGCUCAUUUGAGGAGGAUUUAUCUGCUAUCAAGCGGGAAAAAACUUCUUUGCAACAGCAGCAAGAGAAAGCCAACAAGGUUCUGCACCAAUAUAAGGAUCUAUUUAAGCAUGAGGAAUUGGUGAAAGAAAGAUUUCAACAACAAGCUGAUUGUCUGAAAAAUGAAAGAGAACAACUCCGUGUUAAGGGAAAAGUGCAGCGGCAUAAUUUUAGAGAGAAGGUAGAGAGAAACAAGCAAAAGUAUAAAGAAGAAAUACAAAAGUGUGAGAGUGAAAUUUCUCAGUUGAGAUUCCAAUCUGAAAGAUCAAUAACAGAGGCCCUAAAACGAGGCAUUCCUCAAUUGACAAAGGGUUUAUCAACCUAUGCAGAAAGUUCUGACUCUAAUGUUGUAAAGAUGGAGAGGGAGUGUGUUAUGUGUAUGCAUGAACAUAUAUCAGUGGUUUUUCUCCCUUGUGCACAUCAAGUUCUUUGUGAAGAUUGCAAUGUGCUUCACCAAAAGAAAGGAAUGGACGAAUGCCCUUCUUGUAGGUCACCAAUUAAGGAGAGAAUUAGUGUCCACUUUCCUGAUUCCGAAUAG